GCGCGCCCCUGUGCUGUCGCUGCGUCUCCGUGAGGCCUGAGGCGGGUCGGCGUCCCGGGCGCGGGGAACAUGGAGGCGCUGCUGAAGCGGGAGCUGGGCUGCAGCUCCGUCAAGGCCAUGGGUCACUCGGGGGGCGGCUGCAUCAGCCAGGGUCAGAGCUACGACACGGACAAAGGGCGCGUGUUUGUGAAAGUGAACCACAAGGCGGAGGCCAGAAGAAUGUUUGAGGGGGAGAUGGCGAGUCUGACUGCCAUCCUGGAGACGGGCACAGUGAGGGUGCCCAAGCCCAUCAAGGUCCUGGAGGCCCCGGGGGGCGGCAGCGUGCUGGUGAUGGAGCAUCUGGACAUGCAGAGCCUCAGUAGUCACGCUGCCACGCUUGGAGCCCAGCUGGCGGACCUGCACCUGGAGAACAGGAGGCGUGGGGAGGCCCUCCGCAAGGAGGCCGGCACAGUGGGGAAGGGAGCUGAGCGGGUGGAGCGGCCAUUUGUGGACCAGUUUGGGUUCGAUGUGGUGACAUGCUGCGGAUACCUCCCCCAGGUGAACGACUGGCAGCAGGACUGGGUCACGUUCUACGCCCGGCAGCGCAUCCAGCCCCAGAUAGACAUGCUGGAGCGGGGGUCUGGGGACAGGGAGGCCCGUGAGCUCUGGUCUGCUCUGCAGCUCAAGAUCCCCGACCUGUUCCGUGACCUGGACAUUGUCCCAGCCCUGCUCCACGGAGACCUCUGGGGAGGAAACGUGGCAGAGGAUGCCUCGGGACCCAUCAUUUUUGACCCGGCCUCUUUCUACGGCCACUCAGAGUACGAGCUGGCCAUUGCUGGCAUGUUUGGGGGCUUCAGCAGCAACUUCUACUCCGCCUACCACCGCCAAAUCCCCCGGGCCCCUGGCUUCCAGCAGCGCCUCCAGCUGUACCAGCUGUUUCACCACCUGAACCACUGGAACCACUUCGGGUCAGGGUACCGAGGCUCCUCCCUCAGCAUCAUGAGGGAUCUUGUCCGAUGAGCUGUGUCCCUUGAGGGAGGCCCCGUCCCGGGUCCCACGAGAUUCCUGUGCUGGCCUCGCGCUCCCGUGCAGCCUCUGCCGGGGACCUGCCCUCUCCUCACCCCUAGGGAGCUUCAGACCACGUUCCAGGUCUUGUGGAGCACAGAGCAGCCCAGAAGGGUCUUGUCCCCAAAAGGUGCAUUUCAACAGGCUUCAUAGCUGUAUAAAACUGCCCUAGAACUUUGGCGUGAACACAGGGACCCGUGGAGCAUGGGCCCGACCCCCACGCAACUGCCCCGCAGGCGGGGGUCGGGGGGCGUGUCUCCUAUCCGGGAGGGACUGCUGUUCUGGCUUCUCGAUGGGGCAGACACAGGCCUGGACGGGAAGCCAUGGGAGCCUUGAGAGGACCAGUCCCGGGCACAUUCCCUUUCCUUUGGGUUCUGGGAGGGACCAAACCGCUAGCCUCAGGGUGUCCCUGAUAAGUUUAGGAGCUGUCAGCAGCCUUUCGCGGGCGACCUCUAAAGCUUGUGAAUUGUCAUCUUAGAAACCAGCGCUAAGCCAGCGUGUUUCCUGCCGCCGGUCUUGUGGUAGUGAGACGUAUCCAUGAAUGGCAGUGAUGCUUAUAAAUCCUUUUGCAUAAACAUUUGAAUAAAUUUUUAGUGGUUUCAGUGA